AAAGAAUAUAGGUUAUAUUUUGUUUUCACACGUGCAAACAACAGAAUAUUUCCUCAAUUAUUUAAAAAGUUAUAAAAUUAUGGCAGGACAUGGAAAAAAGAAAACACCUCUGUCUAAGGAAGAAGUUAAAGAGAAACUAUUAGCAAAGAAGAAAGAAUCAAAACAGUUAUUAAAAGAAAAAAGAGCUCGAUUAGUAGUAAAGAACUUAUCAUUUAAAGUAACCCCAGAAAAGUUGAAGAAGUAUUUUGAAAAAUAUGGAGAUGUCAAAUCUGUUGAACUGCUUAAGAAACCAGAUGGCAAACUUACUGGAUGUGCUUUUGUACAAUUCACUCUUGUACAAAAAGCUGCCAAAGCUAGGCAUUACACAAAUGACCAAGAGUUUUUGGGUAGAAAAAUUCUAGUUGAUUUUGCAAAAGCUAAGAAUAAAUAUCAAAAGGAACAGCAGUUAAAGAAAGUGGAAAUAAAAAAUGAAGAUGGUACUAAAGAAAUUGUUGAAAUAAAAGAAGAGGAAGAUGAUGAUGUAUCAGUAAAAAAUGAGAAUUUAGAAGAUCAAGUAAUUAAGGAUGAAUCUGAAAAUAGUGAUUCUGAUUCAGAAAAAUCUGAUAAGGAAGAUCUCAAUUCUGAUGAGGAGGAAGAUAAUGAUAUAAAAGAGGAGAAACCACUGGAUAGUGCAAGGAAACCAUACUUAAGUCAUGAUGUAUCAGAAGGGAAAACAGUGUUUGUGAAAAAUGUACCCUUUGAUGCUACUAAUGAUGAUUUGAAACAGUGUAUGAGACAGUUUGGACAUAUAUAUUAUGCUCUUGUUUGUAUUGAUAAACUCACAGAACAUUCCAAAGGAACAGCAUUUGUUAAAUUUGUUAAUGCUGAAGAUGCUCAAAAAGCUUUAAGUGCUGGCACUGAAUUAAAAUUGUUGGGAAAUAUAUUAGAUUGUCAUCCAGCAUUGGAUAAAGGUGAUGUUAAUAAAAAAGUUACUCAAGAGAAAGAGAGUAAGAAUGUGCCAAAAGAUUCUAGAAAUCUAUAUCUUGUCAAAGAAGGAGUGAUAUUGGCAGGCAGUAAAGCAGCUGAGGGAGUAUCUGCAACAGACAUGGCAAAACGUUUACAGAUAGAACAGUAUAAAACUCAGAUGUUACGAAACCUCAAUAUGUUUGUUUCAAAGGAACGGAUAGUAGUCCACAAUUUACCAUCUAGUUGGGACGAUCAAAAAUUAAAAUUAUUGUUCCAAAAAUACAGUGGACCAGGUGCCAUUAUUAGAGAAGCUAGGAUUAUGAGAGAUAUGAAAAAUAUAGACUCUAAUGGUUUGGGAAAAUCAAAAGAGUAUGGUUUUGUAACAUUUUCAAAACAUGAAAACGCCCUUAUGGCUUUGAGAAACUUAAAUAACAAUCCUGAGAUUUUUUCCACCAAUAAACGUCCUAUUAUAACUUUCAGUAUAGAAAACAAAUCGAUAAUAAAAGCUAGGCAAAAAAGGUUAGACAAAUCUAAACAGUACAAUCCAGUAAGUAAAUCAUUCAAUCCAGAAGAAAAGACAAAAGUAUUCCAAAACGGCGGCAAAAUUUCUAGAAAAGACUUAAAUAAGAGGCCAAGAAUAGAAAAUGCUCAAACCCAAGAAGAAGAUGUACCCAAAUUCGGAGGAGUAGCAACAAAACCUGGAACCAAAGAAAAAAUGAGGAGCAGGUACAAACUCAAUGUUCAAGCAAAGUUGCAUCACGAAAAUCUGAAAAAGGAAAAGAAGAGAAAGAAAAAUGCUAAGAAAUCGUUAGCAGAAAAGAAGAAAGAGUUUACCAAACAACCUAAACAGAAAAUAAAUAAAGUUAGUGAAAAAGACAAUUUCUCUAAAAUGGUUAGUGACUAUAAGAAAAAACUAGUCAGUGUAUCUGGAAGUAAAAAGUCAAAGUGGUACGAGUGAUUAAGAUCUAUUAAGUUGUAUAGUUAAUAAAAUAUGUUUAAUCAUCA